AUGUCUGCAAAGUCGGUACAAGGGCCUAAUGGCAAACAACCCGCGUCAGCGGCCACCAACCUGAUCGCUGGUGGUGGUGCUGGUAUGAUGGAGGCGCUCGUGUGCCAUCCUCUAGAUACAAUCAAAGUUCGAAUGCAGUUGUCAAGACGAGCUCGCGCGCCAGGAGCGAAGAAGCGCGGCUUUAUUACUACUGGUGCCGAGAUUGUGAAGAGAGAAACAGCGUUGGGUCUAUACAAGGGUUUGGGUGCGGUGUUGACUGGAAUCGUUCCGAAGAUGGCCAUACGAUUUACGAGUUACGAAUGGUACAAGCAACUGCUCGCGGACAAAGAGGGCAAUGUCGCGUCAAAAUCAACAUUCAUGGCUGGUCUUGCCGCAGGAAUCACAGAAGCCGUUCUUGUCGUCACUCCUAUGGAAGUGGUGAAGAUUCGUCUACAAGCGCAGCACCACUCCAUGGCAGACCCACUCGACGUGCCGAAGUACCGAAACGCCGCUCAUGCGAUGUACACUGUUGUCAAGGAAGAAGGCGCUGGAGCAUUAUGGCGCGGUGUCUCGCUCACUGCCCUGCGCCAGGGAACCAACCAAGCAGCAAACUUCACGGCAUAUUCUGAGCUGAGGGCACAAUUGCAGAAUUAUCAUGGCAGUACCGACAUUCCCAGUUACCAGACAAGUAUGAUUGGACUGAUAAGCGGUGCUGUGGGACCUUUCACAAAUGCACCGAUUGAUACCAUCAAGACGAGGCUGCAGAAAACGCCUGCUGAGCCAGGCCAAAGUGCCCUACAACGAAUUACAAAUAUUGCCGGUGAUAUGUGGAAGCAAGAAGGAGUCCGAAGUUUCUACAAGGGCAUCACACCACGUGUUAUGCGAGUCGCUCCUGGUCAGGCUGUUACAUUUACUGUAUACGAAUAUCUGAAGGGUGUUUUGGAGCGUGGACGAGAGAUGUUACCGGGUGGCCAAUAUGAAGAAUAG